GAAGUGAAGUUACAGUCUGAAGAUAUUCAGAGGACAAAUUUUACUUAGGCUUCUUGGUCAUUGCCAAGAAUGAAGAACGGCGUCGUUGCGCCACAGAACACCUUCCUCGACAGUGUUCUUCGACGUUCAUAUGAGCUCGAUCUCACGUUUGUCAUCGGAAAUGCAGUUCUCAGACACAAUCCAAUUAUAUAUUCGAGUGAAAGCUUCUCCAGAGCAACGGAGUACACAAAACCAGAAGUGCUACACCGUUCCUCCACCUGUGAGUUCUUAUGGGGCUUUUUGACCAGCAAGGAGACACAAAAGCAGAUAAUUGGCACAAUUGAUGCCAAAACCAGCCUGCAGACUGAGAUCGUUAUAUACAAGAAAAACAAAGAGCCGUGCUGGUUCCUGUUUCAAAUAUCACCGAUCAAAAACGAUGACGAUACGGUCAUUUUGUUUUUGAUUACAUUCAAGGACAUAAGUCAUCUCAAGGAUCCAAUCGCAGAGCCAACAGUGAAAAAAUGGUCAAGACUUGUAGAGAAAUCUCUUGAGAAGCAAAGGCAACAUUUGACAAAGACUUCUGACAAUGCUCGUUCAGUUUUCUUGCAACUUACAAAAAAAGAUUCAAACAAAAAGCAGAAACUUGCCCAGCUAAUGUCCAAUUCUGCUAUGUCCAGCAUUCAGUACUCUUGGGAAGGACAGAAAGUACCAAGAUUCACAAUAUUUCACUACAGCCUUUUUAAAACAAUAUGGGACUGGAUAAUUCUGAUUCUAACUUUGUACACGGCAGUGGUCGUUCCUUUUGUUGUCAGUUUUCACUACACCAACAGUGCGUUGCUCUUUUUCAAUCUUCUCGUGGACUCGGUUUUCAUUGCUGACGUCAUAAUGAACUUCAAAACGACGUAUUGCGCUAAGGAUGGUGAAAUCGUUUUGGAUUCAAGAAUGAUAUGCAUGAAUUACUUGAGGUCUUGGUUUUUUAUUGAUUUCAUCGCCGCCCUACCUUAUGGCAUCCUGAAUCUAACAGAUCCAAACGGAAGGUGGAUUGAGAUUAUCAAUGUGAUCAAAGUCAUUCGACUUAUUCGGUUGCUGCGAGUCGCAAGAAAGUUGGAUCACUACCUCAAGUUUGGCGCCAUGACUUUGGUCUUGUGGCUAUUUUUGUUUUGUCUCUGUUGUCACUGGAUGGCAUGUAUCUGGUACGUGAUUGCCAAAAACUACGACAAAGCGACAACAAGAUGGAGUUGGAUCUACAUUUUAGCAGAUCUAACAAAUGAACCAUACAAGGUCGUAGAUGGUGUAGCUGUGGAGGGGUCUGGGCCUUCAAUUCCCUCUCUCUAUAUGUCAGCGCUGUAUUACUGUAUGAGCAGUUUGACGACAUGUGGUUUUGGAAAUAUAGCACCAAAUACCACUGCAGAAAAACUUUUUGGCUGCGUGACAAUGCUGCUUGGCUGUCUUUUGUAUGCUUUUAUAUUUGGUCAAGUGACAUCGAUUAUACAGCAGCUGCAAAAACCCUCCUCGGACUACCACCAACGGCUUGACAGCAUUCGCAGAUUCAUCAAACUAUACACAGUGCCAGAAGAAAUCGGAGGCCGGCUUGUUGACUACUUUAUGACCACAUGGGCAACUAAUAAGGGUUUAGAUAUCGAAGAGGUGCUCCAUCUGUUUCCUCAUGACUUACAAGCAGAUGCAUGCUUGCAGAUUCACAAGGUUGUAUUCGAAACUAUGCCGGAAUUCAAAUCAGCGCCAUUGCCAGCUCUGCGGAAUAUUUCCCGCUAUUAUUCAGCAACUCGUUCUCCUCCUGGUGCUAAAGUUAUUCAACAAGGCGAAGCGAUUGAAAGCCUCUUUUUCGUUGAACGAGGCUCCCUUGAAGUGCGAAAGAGCGAUCAAAUUGUUGGCAUUCUUGGCCCAGGAGAUGUGUUUGGAGCAACACUCAACAAGGACAGAAUAGACAAAGCAAUGUACGAGAUACACACACUAACUUACUCUGAUUUACACACCAUCAAAGUCGAUUCGCUGACUCAUGCUUUAGCGCUGUUUCCGGAUUUCUUCAGGAAGUUUAGAAGGGAGCUGACAUACUCGUUUAAUCUCAGUCAGAAGAUGCGAGUCUACGGGUCAAAUGGGAAGAAGUACACUGUUUUUGGUGAGGAUGAAACGUCAUUUACUUCAAGUAAGUCAGAUGUGGAGAGCAUCACAGCCAGCCAUGAUCAGACAAUGGUCGAAGGACAAGUUUCAAUGGAGCAUUUAAAGCCCAGUAGCAGCGCACAAAGGAAGAUCAGUUUUGCUGCGGAUAACUGGAAUGUAGAUAAGAUGGAUUUAUUCACAGAACUAAACGUCCUAAGGGAAGACGUCAAGACAAAUGUAAAUGAAGUCAGCGAGAAAAUAAACUCAUUUGAUGAGAAAAUAAAUCUUAUACUUGGUUUGCUGCAAAAGAAAAUUGAUGACAGUCAAAAAACAUCAAAUUCUCCUACAAACGCACUUCAAAUUAAUCAUCAAGCACCUAGCGUGAUUGAUGAUGACCUCAAUAACAACCCCGAAAGGUCUUUAACAGAGUUAGACGCCCACGGAGCGGUGCAGCCAAAUAUUAACGGGGUUGAUAACGAAGCAACAACUGUAGAUAAAACAGACAGUGCUUCAAAUAUAAAGAAAGCUAAAAAUGAACCUAGCGACACUAGGAAAAGGUCGACUGGUAGAAAUAAGGUUGACCCUAGCAAAAUCAGUAAAAAUGACAAUGGUGAAGCGAAGGAUGGAGCUCCUAAAGAGCUUAGUAAUAGCGGCGGCAAAAAGGCCCCUAGAGCUGGGAGACCGAAGCCGAACAAAGCCGCUGUGAAGCAGACUAAGAAAGCGAUUGUCACUGAUGAUCUUGAUGAGCUAGAAAGAGAACUGGAAGAAAUUGGGAUUUAAUAAAUCAAGAUGCACCCGACCCGAUAUGCACUUACAGUGCCGAAGAAUCGGAAACUGUGGAAUAUGUGGUUCGUUUUGCACCAGUAAAGAUACGGUGUCGGUUUUUAGUGGAAUCCUAUGAUGGGAUCGUUCUUUGUGGUCCUGUGGAAAUGCAAAUUGAAACCCAACCCAAAUGGUUUCAGUGAAAAUCAGGUCCCGUUGAAACACAACCUUUUGAUCGGUAUGCCUGUAGAAAUUUCUUGUUGCUUGGUAAAAAAACAAUUGCAAAUUCCAAUUCCAGCGACACAAAGAUAUGUAGAUAUUUUUUUAUUCAAUGACGUGCAUGUAAAUCUGUAUCAAAUGACAAGUCAUUUGCAAUACAGGCAUGGAAACUCUCUUUAGCACUUACAUUAGGGUUUUUAGAAGCAUCGACGUAUUUUGUGUUAAAAGUAAAGUCACGGAAAGGACUAAGAGUUCUACAUCUAUGUUUUUAUCACAGUGACGUCAUCGCGGGUCUAAACUGGCUCCUUUAUCCUAUAGGGUAUUUCCCCUAUUAAACAUUCCUGGGUUAAAAACGCCUCCUCCAGUUCACACAAACAUUAAGCGCAGUGAAAUUAAAGCUCUCUUUUUCACACCCUCUAUUUGAAAGGCCAGGGAUUUAAGCAGGCUUUCAUUCCUUUGGUUCCAAACGAUAAAGCCAAUCAAUUUGAUUCUCUUAAAAGGAAGUCUGCCCCCCCCCCCCCAUUGUUCUCAGAAUUUCUUUUCUUGGACACGAUAUUCAAACGCACAAGUAACCAAUCAUAAUGAAGCACCACCAAAGUGUACUUUCCAUGAGCGAGUUGCAGUGAAUUUUGUUGUGUUGUCAAACGUCUAAGUCAGGUUCGAUGAUAAAAAGAUCAGGCAUUUUUUGUCGCGUUUACCUACAAUAACUAAUGUCUGAUGCUAAAAAGGCAGAGGAAGACCUUCUGAAGACGAGACUUCCAAGUCAGAAUUAAAAAAUCACGGAGGGGACAGACUGCCUUUAAUACCAAACUAUCCGACAGCUAUUUUGUUGACAAAUCAAAGCAGGCUAUAUUCGUGAGGUAUGUAAAUAGUUGAAAUUUUGCAUUUUUCAAACUGGCAAAUAAUUAUGUUUAUAAAUGAGAAGUGACAUUAGAACUUUAAUGCUGUACAAUUUCGAAAUGGCACAAACAAAUAGAAAUAAAACGCGUAUUACGAAACCAUUGCUUUUAUUUUGAAAUUCUUGAGAACACAGAGCGUCGAAAUAUGACCCAAUAACGAUAAUUUAUAUCCAUGUACCAAUUGAAAAUGACGUGAGGGAAAAACAAGGCCAGCAUCCUUUUUGCUUUCUGUAGAGUCUAAGUGAAUUAACAAACUUUUAUGUCUGGAUUAUACUUUCAAUUAAAUUUAUGUAGAUGGAAACAAUUGAUAUAAGCUUAUUGAAAAAAUUCCAACAAAAGGCAUUUCUAUAUGAGUAAAGUAAAAGAUGAAACAUUUUUCCAAGUGAGAAAUUAGCAGUCUUAUUUCUAAAGCUUGCCGAAUGGUUCUUUCUAGGCAUCUCCUUUCGUAUAAUUUCAUGAUUAUUUUUCUUCAAGUAAAAAAGCAUUCCCAUAUAAAAAAGACAGCUAUAAUGGUCAUUGUGAUAUUUGAAGUCAGUUGCCGUCAUUUUUAGGGAGGAAAUUUCCAUUUUUUUAAGGACCCAGAAUGCGUGUGAAACUAAGGCUAUAGCCUUGCCAAAUGCUUCAGUUUUCGGUCGAAAUUUUUUUCAGCUGAAAAGGUUUUUAAUAUGGAAAAAGAGUUUUUAAUGAUCGAAAUGCGUUGAAAACAGAGGAUAUAGACUUGCCAAAACUUUAAAUUUUCUAUGAAAAACUUUUUCCUGUCAAAAAGGUUUCCUAAAUGAAUAUGGACUACUACAACGAUCAUAAUGAUAUAUGAAGUCAGGUGGAUGCGUUUUUAGGCAGGAAUUUUCCGUUUUUCAAAGAAUCUAAAAAUACUAAAAAACCAAGGCUAUAGACUUGCCAAAAUCAUCAAUUUUUGAUGACUAUUUUUUCACGCAAAAAAAGUUGCCUAUAUGAAUAGAUACUAAUAUAAUAAUGAUCAAAAUGAUAUUUGAAGUCAUUUAAAUAUCUUUUUUGGGGGAAGGAAUUUCCCUUUUUCAAAAAAUCCGGAAAUAGCCGAUAAAACCAAGGCUAUAGUCUUGCUAAAAUCAUCAAUUUUUGAUGACAAUUUUCUAAACGUGAAACAGGUUUCAU